ACGUUUGAUGACAUCUUCACGCUGAGGCUACAGUGGUCAAUAUUUUGUUAAUCAUAUUUUGAUUUGUUUUCAUCAUCCUCAGUUUGCAUUUUACCAUUUUCGAAGAUUCAUUGUCAUUUGUUAUUUGUUUUUAAUGAAAAUAUUUCUUUACAGCUAGUGCUGCCAAAGAAGCCAUGCUACCAUACUUUCCUCAAAUAGUUCAAUUUAUAAAGGAAUAUCUAAGCAACUCAGGAUCUGUUGAAGGGAAUAUUUUACAGGUACAAGCUAUAGAUACGUUAGGAGUUCUUGCCAGAACUAUUGGUCCUGAUAACUUUAUGCCACUAGCAGAUGAGUGUGUCCAGCUUGGCAUGAGACUCCUUGAACAAGACAGGGAUCCUGAUCUAAGAAGAUGCACGUAAGGAUUGUGAUUCUAGACUGUCAAUAUAGUUGCUUAAAAUAAACAAACAAACGAACAAACAAACAAACAAAAAGAGUGAGAUAAUAAUCACAUCUGGUCAGUCAUGUCCUCUUCGUCAUCAUCUGGUCCUCGUCGGCCCUUGGGGCACAUAAGGCGUCCACUAUUCCCUUCCAUUUCUGACAGUCUGGAGCCGCUCUUUUGGCCUCGCACUAACUCGUGUUGGUCUCCAUCAGGUUUUUCUGGAAGUUUCUGCGCCACGUGAUUCUCGGUUUACCACGUAUCCGUGUACCUUGCGUGUUCCAAUCCAUUGGGUGGCGCACUAUGUUCCUCGCACCAUGCCUUAGUGUAUGACCAAUCCAUUUCCAGCGUCUUCUCUUAAUGGUGGUGUUGAUAGGCUUUUGACUGGUUCUUAUCGAUAAAUCUCUGUUGGUGCCGAUCACCACAGGCCAAGAUACCCUCGGAAUUCUCCUCUCCUCCUACAUAUUACCCAAAUACAAAUUACUCAAUAGCGGUGAAUAAUCUAGUAGUCAAGUCAAUGCAUGAAGCAAUGAUAUCCAACCAAUCUCGUGUUUAGGAUAGGUUUUUCAACCAAACGUGGUUGAUUUGGGUUAGCCCUUGCCUAGUUCCUAGGCCUCUAUAUUUCGCCAUGGUCAAUCGUUUUCAAGUCACGUGGAACGAGGCGAAAAGUGUACUCCCCGCCGUUCGUCUCGGAUACGUCACCGAAAUCGACCUUCAAGGCUUGUAUGAAAGACAUACAGGAACUAGGCAAGGUUUGUCCUUGAUUGGUUGAAAAAAACGUAUGUUUGCUCUGAUGGGUUAGAAAGACUUAAAAAGGCAAUUGGAGAGCUUUGCAAAUGCAAAAUCGAAGCAAAUGCACAAUAACGUUUCUCACUCGUUUAAAUGCUUUAACAGUGCUUGAACAGCGUUUUAUUAUGUCUUAAUUUGCAGAGCGACAGUCUUUCACUGGCAGAAUGAAGGCCGCGUAACAAACAAGCAUGACUUCAUAGCAUCAGACAUGACACUUUAAAACAAAUUGAAGUAUUCUUGAAAAAAGUUGGACCAACGUUUUUCAAAAUUUACUCUAAUGCAAUCCUUGUAAAUCUUCUCCAAUUUUGCCCAUUUCUGGCGUUUCUGUCUUUUUUUUUUUCAGUUCUACAAUUUAAGCUGUUGCUGUGAUGCUUCUGUUCAGUAUUUCUAUGACCACUCGGCCAUUGUUGAAAUUGGAAUUGUGUGACCCACUCUCUCCAAUGCCGCUAUCAAUCACCCAUAGAUCCUUUGAGAAUAUUGCUUUGAUGUUAGAUGUUAUUUUCUUUUCCAGGUAUGGCUUGUUUGCUUCAGUAUCUACAAUAUUAAAGACUAAUAUGGGAAAAUACCUCAAAGGCAUAGUGAAAUAUAUGAU